AUGCAAAUUAUCAACUUUUUUAAACAACAGAAAUGUUUGAUUGAUAAUCUAGUUAAGAUAUUUGAUAUAAAAAAAGAAAAAAUAUAUAAACCAUCAAAGUUGUUAUAUCAUAUUAGAAAUAAAAAAGAUGAGAAAAUCAUCCAGAAAGCUUUUAAUAGAACUUUUCAAGAUCCAAGUAACCUUUUAGAAAGGUUUAUACAAUUUAUUAACAAGUGUCUAAAUGAAUACAAUACAAGUGAUAGUUAUUAUUAUACACUAUAUACAACCUUAAUUCAAGCUAGUAGUGUAGAAAAAUCCAAAUUAUUGAUAAAUGUUGCUGUAGAGAUAAUGUCAGUAUAUUGCUGUUUGCAGAAAUCUGAAUCAAGUGGCUAUCCACACAGAUUGGAUAUUGCCAAAAUGUUAAUAAAAGAGUUUAAUAAUAAACAAAAUACCAAAACUAACUACCUUGCAUACAUAUUUGCAUGCUUUCAAAAGAUGCAAGAUUUCAGGAAUUUUUGGAAAGAUGUUGAAAACAGAAUGAAAAAUAUAAAAGUCCAGUUAAUGACAUGUUUUACAGAUAAAGGUCCAGUUAAAUAUCUGUUUGCAUUUGAUGAAGCUAGUACACUGGCUGGUAAUAAAGAUGGAAGUAAAAAUAGUAGAAAAUUUUUACUGUUCUAUUAUAUUCAAUGUGCUUUAACUCUAUUACCUAAAGAAACAGGAAUUUUUGCAGUUUUUACAGACACAUAUUCAAAUAUUUCGAACUUUUCGCCUGCUUAUUACCUCAAUCCAUCUAAAAGAGUUGCAGAAGAAAAAUUUAAAUUAUUCACACUAUUUUAUUUGUUAGAUACUAUAGAUAUGAAUGUUAAUCUUAAGGAGAUAAAGACAUUAAAGGAAAGACCUUUGUGGGGUGCACUAUUAAUGCCUUCUAGUGAUGCUAAAGGAAUAGAAUCAGAACGUAUUGUCAAAUUGGCUAUAGAUAAGCUUAUUGGCAGAAAAUAUUUUGGUGUUUGGAGGGAAGAAGUACAAAUAAAAAUAUUGAAUACUUUGGCUAUUCUAGAAUUCCAUUUAUGUAUCGAAAUAGUGCUACAAUCUGUAUAUGCACCUGAUUUAAUAGCAAACAAUAUGUGCCUUUGUAUUAGUGUCUUAGAGAAUUGUAAAUAUGUUGUUAUAUUGAUGCCUACUGAACCUGUGCUAGUAGAGGCUAGCACUCGAAUAAUUAAUAAGCUCUCCAAAGCCUUAAAAAAAAACAUAAUAGAGGCCGAUUACUAUAGAGAGCUUACAGUCAGAUUAUUACUUCUCAACACCUAG